AUGGAACUCGAACUAACCCUUGUCGAUUAUGCUACCGUCGGAUUAACGGCACCCAGUUGUCUACAGCUGCUACCAACCCUGUCCGGAAGCAGCGAUUCACGAGGUACUGUCAGACAGCAGCAGAAGGCGGUAGUUGGUGACCAAGACGGAGUUUUGCAGUUAUUUUCUAUGAAGAAAGAUGAGCUGCAGAUUCACUUUAAAACAUUACCGAGCGAUAAAAUCGCAUCGGUCAAACUCGGAGGCGCUAUCGGUUCGGUGCCGGAUAAAAUAUUUACCGCUUCGGAGAAUAAGGUUCGGGGCUUCAACAAAAAGGGAAAAAUGUUUCUGUCAUUCGAAACAAACUUGACGGAAAACAUUCGAUCGAUGUUUGUGAACGGAAGUGAUUUACUAGUUUGUGGAAAUCACGUAUACAAUCACUAUAAAGACUGCAAAGAGGUAGGGUCGUAUUUAUGCGGGGACGCGAUCGUGGACGUGGCUGGACUCUGUCCUAAUAAUACAAGUCGACUUAUCACCGUCCUGGCAUGCUCGGGAAGAGUUCUACGAAUUCUAGAGCACUCACGAGUACGUCAAACAUUGGAAGUAGACAGUGUACCGACUGUUCUACAUGUUCCCAAAGGUCUGGGCGAUCGGAUCAUGUGUGGUUUCAGCGAUGGUAAGGUGAUAUUGUUCCACAUAAACCUUCUACUGAGUGAGGUCAAACGGGAGACGUUGGUUGAAGACAAUGAAAAUGUCAGUGCUGUUACCUGCAUGACGACAUACGAUCUAUCGGGAGAUGGAAAAGAUGAGUUGAUCAUCGGAAGACGGGAUGGUACACUGCAAGUUUUUAUUAUGAGCUCAGAUGAAUAUCAAUUCGAAAUGGAAUGCACUCAGAUAUUCCGUGAAAACUUCAACGAAAGUAUCUCUUGUGUUCAGGGAGGUUGCGUUGGGGCCAACAGUUACUUGGAAAUUGUUGUGUGUACUUACUCGGGUCGAGUAUUUGGUUUGACAACCCAAUGCAUUAGCAGAAGUCUGAGUGAUAACAAUAAACGCAGUGCAGAUAAUACAACUCCGGAUAACUCAACAAAAUUACACAAAUUACGAGUCGAAAUCUAUGAACUUGAACAAGCGAUAAACCGAGAACGAGAACGCUAUCAACAUUCAACGCAAGCUCUAUCAACCGGACUGUCUGCGAUUCCAAUGCUGCCGGUAAACGAUUCGAUGCUGUUGUGCCAGGAGGAUGCAACCUAUGCAUUAACUAUUGAAAUCCCUACUUCGAUUGAGCACGUUUUGCUUCAGUGUGAUGCUCCGAUUAAUUUGAUCGAUGUAGAGAAAAAUUCAGCAGUUGUUAGCUUCAGUGAAUGUGAUAAAAUGAGCGGAAAUAGUUUGCUUGCCAGCUAUCGUUGCCAGUCCAAUACAAAUCGAGUUGACUUGAAAUUCCGCACAGUAGAAGGCCAGUGUGGUACUCUGCAGGUGUAUGUUACUCCGAAUCUACAACCAAAGUGCUGCCAACUCAAACGAUAUCCUAUUAAGCCAUUAUCACUGCACAUGAUCACUCACAGCAUACCUGACGAUGUGACAAACCGACCGAUGGCUGUUCUUACAUUGAAAGGAGCUUUCAGUCAGGCCGAGAUGCACAAUUGGUUAAUCAAUACGAUCCCGGAGAUACCGGAAAAGACUUAUGGGAACGACAAAAUACGAUUGAUGUUUCGACACGUAUUUGUAGGAACAAUUCUCAUUUGUGUGUACGGGAAAAUGGAGGCAGAUUUUAGGAGUGACAACAUUUCAACAAUAUCAAUUCUUAAGGAUUUUAUUACUAAGGAAGCGACAAAAAAACGAAUUAAACUGGAAAUUGUGACCAAUGCAAACGAGCAAACCAUACCUGGAUUGAUUAAACUUAUCGAGCCGAAAAUUCUGCAUUACAACAAUCUGACCAAAGAUUAUCAAUUCUUGCAAGCUCUUAUCGACCUAGAUAUACGCAAUGAUGAAGAAUUUUGCACAUUGUCAGAAGAGUAUCAGAAUUUGUUGAAAAAUCAACGACAAAUCGAAGCGGAGUUUAAAAAACAGCCAACCAUCCUAAACCGAAUAUACGGAAUUUUGACCGAUCUCUACAUUGAUAAGUUCAAGUUCAAAGGGGUGAACGUUAAAACGAAGUUACCGCAUUUGAUUGAUCUGCUCGGGAAUUACGAUUUUGAUAAAUUGGUCCAUUUUUUCAGUGUUAUUAAGGAUGUCGAUGAGGGAGGGGUUUAGUGAACAUAUCAAUUUAGAGUGAUAUGAGGUCAUGUCAUGUUAAACUGUCGUGAAGGAUGCUAUUACAUUUCCCUGAAACCAUUUCGUCGGAUUUUUUUGCAUAAUGCACCGGAAAAAUAUUCCCUAGAAUGUACUAUACUACAGAAAACUAAACGAAAAUAAACUUCGGAGCCCGGGUUGUUGGUUCAAUACAUACGGCGCUGGUCUUACAAGCCAGUUGUCUUAUGUUCGAGCCUCGACCUGGAAGGAUUUAUAGUGUCAGUAGGAUCGUAGUACUAGCCAUGCAAUGAGUCUGUACGCUAAGAAUCAGCUGCGAAGUUUGUUGAAACAGAAAGGCCAAAUUCCCCAAAAGGAAUGUAAUGACAAGACUUUGCUUUAGGAAAGCUUCCUCCAGAAUAUGAAAAACCGAAGCUUAUUCCCUAGAAAGUACUAAUGCCCAAAAAAAUUUCAGCUUUGGAAUGUAAGAAUGUACCGUAACCCAGAAAACAAUACACUAGCAGGAUACAUCCCAUUUCGCCGACAACUAUUAGGUACCAUGGAGAAAAAUUAAUUUUAAAUUUGAACAUGUUGAAUUCAACGAUAUUUCAUUUUGAAUUAACGCCAGAGCAUUGAAUUCAAAUAUAUUGGACUUCGAAUUCAAAUAUAUUUCAUUUCAAUCUAAAUCUAAUAAGGUUUGUUUAUAAAACCAGGCUUUCGUGUAGAUUCAAUGACACAUUUUUUUUAAUUUAUUAAAUUGUUUUUUAAAACUGAUUUCUGAAUGGUUGUAAAUAUAUUUUUGCUUUUUUCAUAUAGAAAGACUAUGUAAUCAUUGUGAAAACCGAUUUUUGAAACGAGGUCCCGAGGGCCGAGCAAAUGGCUGUGUGUCCAUCCGUGUGUCUGUGUGUCCGUCCGUGUGAGUGUGUGUAUGUAUGUUUCAUUCAUCGAUUUUCACAAACUGAGAUUCAAAUGAAAGGU